AUGGCGGGCGCUGUUGAGCAGAAUCGCCUUCUUCUAGUCGUGGAGAUCCGCGGCCUUGAUCACCAGUACCAUUUCGUGGAGGUCGACGUCAAAGGUCUUUUCUACCCCGACUCCGGCUCAUUCCCCAACAAAUCAUCGGCCAGGGCCAGGGUUACCGCAACAGCGAUGACUACGGCGAGGGCUUGCGGCGGGUCGCUGCGCAGCCUCCCGGCCCCCAUGGCGCGGUACAGGACGUCAACCGACAUGCCCGAGCGCAUCGAUUUCGCGCUCGUCGGCACCGCCGUAGCGGGCGCCUCCAGCAACGGCAACACCUUCACGAUGUCGCGGUCCGGCGCGCUGUCGGCGGAGCCGGAGCUGCAGAGCCUGCGCGGCCGCACCCAUCUGAUCCCGCUGGGGCACCGCCCGUACGCGCUCAACCGAUUCAUGCACGAUCUGGCGGAGCCGGCCUGCCUCGAGACAUUGCCCCUCCCCGGGACUGGAAGGCGCCGGCAGGAGCCCUGGCGUGCCCUCCCCGACCCCCCGCCCGGCUACCGCAGCUUGGACUUGGGCUGGCCGCGGGUCACGGCCUACCUCGCCGCCGGAACGCGGCUGUGGGUCUCGGCACAGGGGAUGGGCACCUGCACUUUCGACACCGUCCGGUGCGCGUGGCGCAAGGAGGGCGACUGGGAGCUGCCGUUCCAGGGCCGCGGCCUCGUCGUCCCCGAGCUCGGCGGCCUCUGCUUCGGCCUGUGCCCCAAGGAGAACUGCCUGUGUGCCUGCGACAUGCAGCAGUCCCCUCCGGCGGUCAGGUACGUGUGGGAGGAGACGCGGCCACGGUGCCCUCCGUCCGGCACCCCUUUCGGCUUCUACCCAGAAGGAGCAACCGUGAUCUAUCUUGGGAAUGGAAAGUUUUGCAUCUCAUGGAUAAUUGGAUUCGGCCACCGGGCGCCCCUGCGCCCUGCCAUCCUGUUGACGGCCCUGCAGGUCCUUGCCUCUGCUGUCGGUAAUAAGCUCCGGGUUGUCAACCACAAGGUCCGCUUCUAUCAGAUGCCAAGCCAGGGCAAUGUGGCACAUGCUCUUCAGCCUGACUUUUAA